AUGGGUGAAGCGAGUUUGAUGGAAGACUAUUUUGUCGAUAAUCCAACAUAUGAUGUUAUUAUCUCCCGGAGAAGAUUUCGAAUGAGAAGACCUUUAUUCCAUUGUAUAGUAGAUGCUGUUACCGCUAAUGACAUAUAUUUUCAACGAAGACCUGAUACCACAGGUAGACAAAGUCUUUCACCAGUGCAAAAAUGUACUGGAUCUAUGAGGGUGUUGGCGUAUGGGACAUCAGUUGAUGCAAUUGACGAAUAUUUAAGAAUGAGUGGAUCCACAACAAGGGAAUCUCUCAUCAACUUCGUAAAUGGUGUCAUAUCAUGUUUUGGUGACGACUACCUCAGAAAUCCUACCAAAGAUGAUUUGGCAAGACUACUUUAUGUUAGGGAUCAACGUGAAUUCCCGGGUCGAGCACCAAAAGUUACCUAUGUCGUGAAUGGUUGCGAAAAUGAUAGAGCAUAUUAUCUCACUGAUGGGAUAUAUCCUACGUGGGCUGCAUUUGUCAAGUCAAUUACGUCUCUCCAAAUCCAAAAACACAAGUUAUUUGUUGAACAUUAA